AAAAAAAACACCAUCCCAACCAAGCCCAACGGUUCCCUGGCACAACACAGUCUCUUCUCUCUGUCCUCUCAGUCUCUAUCCCUCUCUCAUCUCGGUCUCUUUUCUCUCAGUCUCCUUUCUCACACAGUCUACCACUCUAUCAUUGUCAGGCAGCGACAGACAUCACUUCCCCAAAUUCAUGCCGAAGAUAGGCGGUCACUUCCCCAAAUUCAUGCCUUCGUCUUCGAGUUCAAGCGUUCUUCACAGCCACCGAGACUCAAACUUUCUUCACAGCGAGGCAGACAUUACCGAGUUCUUCACAGCCACCGAGUUCUACAGCCACAACCACUGCCAUUGCCAGGACCAUAGAUCAAUUGCAAGGUUUAUUGGCUAUGCCCUAUGUCAUUAUGCAAUUUGGUUACCCACUGCGUAGGUGGAGAAGGAAAAGACAGUAAUUGCUCUACUUCUUCAGAUGUUAGGAGGAGAUGUUAUGUCAUAGGUCAUUUCUAUUUAGCUGUUUCUAACUUGAAGGACAUCAGGGAGUUUCCAUAGGUGCUAGAACCGGAAGCAUUAGUCAUAUAUUGGAUGCGUCACAAAUG